UUGAGGGGAAAGCUGUCCGCGGCGCUGUCUUCGGUGGACCUGUCUGUUUCCGUGUCUUGUGGGCCGGGUCAUGACACUUCAGGGGUGGGUCUCCUUCAAGAAGCACGCAGCUGGAUUUGUGUGUCUAGCAUCCCGGAGGCUGGUGGUUCCCAAUAACUAUAAGCACGUGUGUCUUUUCAGUCAGUCUGCAGCUAACAUGGCAGAGGAGGCGAAGAAGCUAGCUGCUUACGCCGCCGUGGAUAACCACAUUCAGAAUAAUCAGGUUGUUGGUGUGGGGAGCGGGUCAACUAUCGUCUACGCUGUGGAUAGAUUAGCUGAGAGAGUGCGUCAGGAGAAACUCAAUAUUGUUUGUGUUCCCACCUCCUUCCAGGCUCGUCAGCUGAUUCUGCAGCAUGGCCUCACUCUGUCAGAUCUGGACAGGCACCCCGAGCUGGACGUGGCAAUUGAUGGAGCAGAUGAAGUGGACAAAGACCUCACGCUGAUAAAAGGUGGAGGUGGCUGCCUGACUCAGGAGAAGAUUGUAGCCGGCUGCGCUAAACAUUUUGUUGUAAUUGCCGAUUACAGGAAGGACUCCAAAGCUCUGGGCCAACAGUGGAAGAAAGGAGUUCCCAUUGAGGUUGUCCCCAUGGCGCAUGUUCCCGUCUCCAGAACAAUAGCCAAGCGUUUUGGAGGCGAGGCUAACUUAAGAAUGGCUGUCAGCAAAGCAGGUCCCGUGGUCACUGAUAAUAGCAACUUCAUCCUGGACUGGAAGUUUGAGCAUGCUCAGAACUGGAAGGAAGUGAACACUGCAAUCAAGAUGGUCCCAGGUGUGGUAGAGACCGGGCUCUUCGUAGGGAUGGCUGAAAGGGCCUACUUUGGCAUGGAGGACGGAAGUGUGCAGGUUCGGGAUCCUCCGGUCAACUGAGUUUUCCACAAUCUGCACCAUCUCUCUCUGCUCCUCUUUCCGAAUGACCUCACCGCUCCCACAAGUGCCAUAGUCUUGAUUUCCUCCAGGUGCCGUACUGUUUGGGUUGAGCUGCACCUCCUGCAAAGCAAGGCAGUUUUCACACAUCUCACUAGGAUCUAAAUCUGAGGAUCACUUGGUUUUCUCAUCCUGCUGGUGGUGCUUCAGAGUUUUAAAGUGCCUGAUGAGUAAAAUCAAGUGCGUCGCAUCUUCUUUCUUAGCCUGUAAUGUUCCCCAGUUUGGCUUCCCGGUCACACUGGGAAUUUUGGCUCUUCUGCAGUUAGCGGGUUUGACCGAGUGUUUGCAGAGUUGUGGUUCUCAAGUAUUAAGGUGAACCACUACAGUGCUGCACAGCCAGAUUAAGGAGUGCCUUGAGAUUUUUAAAAAAGAAGACAUUUUUAAAGGCACAUUUAAAAAAAAAAAAAAAAAAAAAAAAAAAAAAAAUCAUAAUUAUAUGUCAAAACAUCUGCUAGGCCGACAAAACCAAAAAAACCUGUAAUCGGUCAGCACUAGUCUCCCUGCUUUUGGAGGGACGGCAAGAACUACUAAUGAAUAUCCCAAUUUAAGCAGCAAGAGGCAUAAAAUGAUCUAGUGCAGCUAUGAAGCCUCUGGUAAUGUGUUACAAAGAUGCACAAUAUAAAGGUGGUGUGUAAUGUAAGUUUCCUUGUUGAAGAAGCCUAACAUGACAAAACAACACAAGCUGUUACCCUGUACCUUUCAGUGACACUAUAUCGGUGUAUUGUAUCACUGUAAAUACAUCAAUAUUGUGACACUAUGUUGAUGUAUUUCCAUGACUGCAGGUUACAGAUUACAGACUAGAGUCCAUCCUUGUUGAGGUGUAUAACGGGUAUAAAAUCUCUGCAUUUCGAGUCCACUGUGUCACAACACUGUAAAGUUGCUUUAGCAGAGCUGCAGGUGUAAGUGUUCAUUUCACUGGUUGGUAGGAAGCAGCUAUCUGGUUUCCUGUCCUGAAUGAAGACGGAUUGGGAAAUAUAUGUGGUUUCCUCUGAGGUUCCACAACUGUUCCUGUAAAGUUAGACUAAUCAUUGAAGGUUAAAGUCCUCAGCCUCACUGUUUGUCCAGGAAAAAAACAAAACGAAUGCACGUACACAUCUCCUUCCUUUGUCUCUGUUCUUUUUGUGCCUGUAUGUCACCUGCAUGACUGUUACGUGUCCUUUACACGAGUCAUCUGGACACUGAGCGCCUCAUCCCACUAACAUAACUUGAAGUAGGUAAUGAUAGUAGACAGCCAUGCUAUUUAACUUUGGUGUGCUGUAGAUUAUGUAAGUUUCACUAGAACCAUGAGUACAUUUUAUGUGUCUUGUAAUACCAAAGUAAUAGAAUGUUCUUUAUGAUUCAAAUAGCAAAAGUUUAAUACAUUUUCAUAGUUGAAUGCCUUUAAAAUAUAUUAGUUUAAGACAAAAGCGUUGUCAGUGUUGGUGAAACUGUAUAUCUUCGUAGUUCAGUUUAUAACAUGGAGUCUGUCCCUUGAAGAAAUGAUCCCUUAUGUCAUUUUGUGGCCAAGUUACUGUCUCUGCCUGCAUCAGCCAUCACAUGUUGUUCUUAUGGUUUUCAAAUUCAGCCGUUUCUUCGACUUUAGACUAACUAUGCCUUACACUGUGGUUUCAUUUUUGUGAAUGUGUUUUUGUGUGUUUGUUUGUUUUAAUGUAAAACUCUGAGAGACUCUGGAAAUUCAAGAUCAAGUCAUGCAAAUGCAGUCAGUUGGCAAAUAUGUUUAAAAGCCACUGUGAAGUGCACACACUCGGAUCCUAUUCUAAUGUUAUUCCAGUCUCAUAAAUCAAAUUCAAGUGGCCUGGAGAUGAAAGGUUAAGCAAUCUGGGAAUGUGUUUGGAAUAUUUUUGCACCAGCAUGGCAUUUCUUUUUCCCAUUCUUUUCUUUACCAGUUGACUGUGAUUAUUAUUUUUGCUGCAAAGGUUCUAAUUUCUUUGUCAACCAAUACAGGACCAAAAUUAUAACUCAAUGUCUUGUUUU